AUGCCCUCUGACCCGGCUAUUUCACUUCUAGAAACGCAACCUACAGAUGUCCUUGAGCAUGUGCAAACUGACCCUCGGAGGAGGAUGUUCCCUGUGGCUUUGUUUAUAAUGGCAGAAUAUUGGAAAAGGCCUCAUAGUCAUCGGCAGGGGCUGUUCGUCUUUUGCCAGGACUGUAAGGAAGCGUACCAUGAAGGUGAAUGCAGCGCCCUAUUUGAAGCCUCGGGAGCAGUUUCUCAGGCCUACAGAGUUGACGAGAAGGCCGCGGAGCGGGCUCGGUGGGAAGAGGCCUCCAAAGAAACAAUCAAGAAAACCACCAAGCCCUGUCCCCGUUGCCACGUGCCAGUUGAAAAAAAUGGAGGAUGCAUGCACAUGACGUGCCCGCAGCCCCAGUGCCGUCUGGAGUGGUGCUGGGCCUGCGGCUGCGAGUGGAACCGCGCCUGCAUGGGGGACCACUGGUUCGACGUGUAGCUGCGGCCCUGCCGGCGGCUCGGAACCGCGCCGAGCGUCCCGCCCUCCCC